AUGCCAUGUUCUGGAGUCGUGAACAAACGAUUCGUUAUGGGGCAGGAAGUUUCAAGACAAGACGCAAAUGUUGCACCCAACGGGUGGGGAGAUCCAGUUAUGGAGCUAGAGCACAAUUUUAGAGAGCGAGAUGAUUCAUCUUAUUUGUCGUCUGCGCAAUGUGUUUCAUACUACGUAUGGUACGCAGCUGUUAUCAUUUAUGUUUUCGUUAUGUGCUGGGCUCAUCCGCGUGAUCCAACGGAGAAGGCGCCCGGAGAUCUCUUCGAAUUGAAUAAGGGAGAUACAACGAAGUAUCUGAGUGAACUAUGGGAAAAGCACUGGCACUACCGGUCCCUGUUUACUUGCUCUCCUACGGUUGUACUUAUAAUGAACUUUGUCAUUCAGAUUGCUACAACAAAAUGCGAUCUGGCAAGAUUGUAG